AUGUUCAGCUCAGGCAAUCGAGGCGGCGGCUUCGGAGGCUUCGGGGCGCCCCAGGGCGGCAACCCGUUCGCGCAGAACCAAGUGAACCCGUUCCAGUCGGCGGGCGGCAACGCUUCAGCCGCCAAGACGGCGUUCGGACAGAGCUCCGGCUUCGGCAGCCAGCCUCCGCUGCCUCCGGGCGGCUUGACUGGCGCUCCAGGCAGCGGUGGCUUCGGUAAGCAGCCCCCUCUCCCGCCUGGAGGUCUGGCUGGGGCUCCUCCGGCGCCGUCGGGUGGCUUUGGUGGAGCUUCUUCGAGUGGGAACCCCUUUGGACAGAAGAAGACCAACAAGAAUAUAACGCAGAGCAGCGCAACGACUGCGUUUGGAGGCGCCAACUCAUUUGGACAGAACAGCGCUUCGCCCUCUGCGAACUCAGCGGGUGCACACACGACGUUUGGAUCUGCGUCGUCGGUAGGUGGAAAUCCCAAGAACCGAGGUAACGCGUUUGGAGGGAAUGCUGGAACGAAGCCUUCGUUCGGCGGCAGCGGAUCGUCGUCUUUCGGUGGAAGCAACGCAGCGUUUGGAGGCAACGACAGUGGAUUUGGUGGAGGACAGACUACUUUUGGCAGUGCGCCUACGCCCAAGCGUGGCGGGCAGGGCUCUUUUUCGCAGGACUCGAAUGGAUUUGGAUCGGGCAGUGCAGCAGCACCCACGCCGCUGUCCUCGCCUGGCACAGCGUUUGGAAGUCAAGCGUCGGGCGUUCGAGUACGGAAGAAACAGAUAACUCCGAAUGCGGCGGGCUCACGUGCGGAGAACCCUUUUGCUGCUGGUGGCGGCACCUCAAACGCCCCCACCGUCCACACAACUUUCGGCGGAGCAUCGACUUCUAGCGGCUUCCAAACUUCUCCAGCGUUCGGGAAGCCAUCGCCUCCUGGAGGUUCCGCACCUGCGACUACGUUUGGUGGUGCCGCUGACAAGCGACGACAGACGACCCCGAAGUUCAGCUCCGAUCCUGCAGCGGGAGGGUUCGCCAAUGCUGACAAUAUGGCAUCAAUGGAGGCGCGGAUGAACGGCACGAAGAAGUCUCCAUUUGGAAAAGGCAAACGAGCGCAGGGAUUUGGCGCCGCAGCGGAGCAAGACGCGAAUCCUUUUGGUGGGCAACAGCCGAAAAGCAGUCAGAAAUUCCCGCCAGAAGGAACCGCAUUUGGCGCACCCAAGGUUAGCCCAACAAACGAAAAGCAUGCGAAGCAACGACAAGCUCGAACGAAGAAAAGAGCUCCAGUUACAAGUGAUGAAGAAACUCGGUUCGCUUCCAUGCCGUCAACGGUCGCUUCGUCCCGCGAUGACAGCAGCAAGGCGGAGCUGGCAGCCGCCACUAACCUGGAUGGACUCUGCGCUGAUAUGUGUAGCCCAACAGAACGCGAGCUGCACAUCCGGGUGGACGAGUUGAGCGUGUUUGAGAAGUGUUUCCCUGACCAGCCAGGAACAGAGCGAGACAUGAUCAUCAAGCGAUUCCAGCGCAGUUCAGCUGAUCAUAAAUUGGAUAUCCCCGAGGAGAUUCGACCCCCUGGCGUUCUACGACGAACUCAGCUGUAUAUCGAGCAGGCAAUCAUGGAUUUGGAGCAGUGUGGCUUGGAUCCACGUUUCCAGCCGCCUCGAGUUCCGGAGCCCAUUGAGCUUUACAACUUCUGCUGGGAUCGGUUUCGAAUGAUUCGCAAAGAUUUUGUUCUCCAGAAUUACCGUGGCGCUGGAGGUCGUGUGCACCCGAUAGCUCUCGAUAUUCACGAGCGUAUUGCGCGCUAUCACGUUCUCAGUGAACAUGAACUCAUCGAGAUUCAGAGUUUCGUGGCGCAGCAAAACAUGGAGCAACUCGGCCAAACCCUCAAGUCACUCAACGAGUUGUACGAUGAAAGCCACAAGGUAGGAGAUCCCGCCUACCUCAGUCCGUUCGAGGCCGAGUGCCGAGCGUAUUUCAUCCUCUGUACUCUGGACAAUGGUCGGGGUAUGGAUGUAUUGAAGUACGUGAAGAAUCUCCCGCGUGACAUCUUGGAGAGCCCCCACAUGAAGUUCGCGAUGCGUGUAUUCGUUGCUCGCCACACUGGCGACUACUUCCAGUUCUUCUCGUUGCUCCGACAAGCAACCUAUUUGCAGUCUUGCUUGCUGUUCCGGUACAUCCCGAAUGUCCGGUCCUCCGCGUUGCUUCGUAUGAACCGGGCUUAUCGCAGCCAGACUUACCCGCUGGAAGACUUGGUGGAAUUGCUAUGCUUCGAUGACAUUGAGCACGCGUACUCGGUGUGCCAGGAACACCAGCUAAGGAUAUCUGGCAGGCCUGGAGCUGGUGACGAUAGCUCAAUUGUUGUGAAGUUUGGUGGGGAUUUUGAGACAGAUGUUCAACUACGCCGGAACAAUACGCCGCUGAAGAUUCGAAGCUCCAAGAUCUACGUUGGAAUGAAGCAGGGCAACUACUUACGCCGAGACAUCUGCCGUGGCGUGACGGAGUAUGCGCGAGAUGGAUACCCAGCGUUGAGCAAGUUGAUCCAAGAUUCCGAGCGCGAAGAGCAAGCGAGGCUGUACCCGGAUAGGCCUAAGUAUGAGGAUGACUACUCUUACUUCGUUGACUACAACGAAGGAGCAUCAAUGGCACCACCGUCAAGUGCCCCGUCCUCAUCUGGAAACACCUCCUUCGGCAACGUUCAACAGCCGACUGAUCUCAACCAGAAAAGGCACGACCUCGACAUGAUUGCACAGAGAAAAAUGGAGCUUGAGCAACAGAAGCAAGCAAUGAUCCAGCGGAUGCGGGAACUCGAGCAGGCGAAAGCAGACAAGGCUCGUCAAGAUGAGGCGAAAAAGGCUGCGGCUGAGCAAGCUGCUCAACGUGAAGAUAAGGCCAAGAAGGAAGCUAUUGCCCAAGCCCAAGCCGAAAAGGAAGCUGCUGAAGCAAAGCGACAGCAAGAAGAGCUUGAAGCCAAGCUGCGUGAACAAAAGAAACAGCGUGAACUGGAAGAGCAGCGCAGAAAAGCUGAAGAAGCCGCUCGCGAAGCAAAACGUCAAAGACUUGCAGCGCUGCAGCAAGCCGAGGCUCUGCGAGUAAAGGCAGCUGAAGAAGAACGGCGACGACAAGAGGAGAAAAGGCAGGAGGAACUUCGGCGAAAAGCUGCAGAAGAGCAAGAGCGACGUCGCCAGCAGGAGCUGGCGGAGGCCCGAGCGCGGCAAGCACGAGAAGCUGCACUUGAAGCCCAACGCCAAGCACAAUUAACCAAGGAGCGAGAGGAAAGAAAGCUCGUACGCCGCGCCGAAAAGCGGAGGCACGCCGUCUUGAAGCUAAAGCUGCACAUGUGGAAGAAGUAUGUGCAGGUUUCACGCAACGGUCCCGGCCCCAUUGCAAUCGAUGCUUCGAAACUUCGACUUGAUCGCCCUCAUCAAAAGGCGAAAGACAGUGUGCAGUGGUUGUUCAGAGGAGCUGACGGCACGAUGGGCACCCCGAUUGGCACGAAGCGACUGAAGCAAGUGUCGACCGCUGAAGCCGAUGUGCCGUGUUCAGAUGCAGAAAUAUUGUCGCUGUGGAGCUGUGACGACAUCCUGGAACUGGUCGGUGCUUCUCUUCGACGGCAGAACCCGGGUGCUCCGUCUAUCGCGUGGAAGUUGGUGGUAGCAGACCUCUUGGAUGGGACAUCGUCUUCGUUUGGUUUGUGGUGCGCCGUCAGGGCUGGAACGCAAAAUGCUGCAAAACCUGAGACUGAUUGUUAUCGCACUUUCCAGUCGAGCAACGGAUCGGCGGAGGGUGUCGCUGUGUGCUGUCGGUAUCUUGAUUCGACGUUUACCCACAGAAAUGCCCACGAAAUGCAGGCGGAAAAGCUUGCUGCGACGUCCGCCAUUCUUUUUCCUGUUGAUCUGAGCGCGCUCCAGAAAGCUGGCAAUUGCAGCAGCUGGGAGCAGCGAGUGGGCGAACUGCUAUCAUCAUUGAAGGCGGGGUGCCGCGUGAGUGUGCUUGCGCUGGGAUUCGCUUCUGCAGAGGUCAAGUCAUCGCGGGCGCUUCUUAUGAGUACGCUUGGGAGCUGUGUUGAGCGAGUUCUAAGCCGAUUCUCUUCACAGGUGGCCAGCGUCAGCGUCGAGUUUGUUGAUGCAGGCAAGCUCCUCCCUCAGAAGUUUGGGCAAGCACUGAUGAUGAUUGCGGCCUUGACUCCUCCCGUACGAAAUCUCAAGAGCGUCGGUCUGAAGGAGCUGCUGGAGGGCAGUGUCAAGGCUAUGAUGAACCAGUACGAGUCUUCGAUGGGUAUCCAGGCCAAGAUCUGCGCCGUAUUCCCUCGCGUACGUGAAGACGUUUUGUCGUCUGGUGUGAUGGAUCUCACGUACCCGCCACCCGAGCUGUAUUUCGCCGUCAUGGAUCCUCCGCGGGGCUGGAAUUCACAGGAGAGGAGACACGAGAUUCACACGGUGCUGACGGCUCUUGAAGUCACUCGCAUUGCAGUGGAGACCUCCGCGGUGCAGCGUGACCAAACCUGCGACGUCUACUUCAAAAAGGUGGAGGACUUCAUUGACCGACUCUUUCUGUCGUAUCCAGCGCCCACGGCGGUGUCGACGUACGAGCUCAAGAAGCGGAUUUACAGCGCGCUACUGCCGAUUCACGAGCGCCUGACGCAGGACGACUCGACGGAGCCGGUGACCCCGCAGGAGGCAGACGCAUUGCUGCCGUGGCGGAAAAUCUUCGAGGAGAUCUACGAGACCUUCUUCGAGACGCUGAGCGACAUCAACAUCUACUACCCCGCCGGCUGGCGUGGCUUCUGCUCCAGUGUCGCGAGACUCCUGGACGCUGUGCACGCCGCCGCGCCGAGACAGCUCCUGACCACCGACCACAGCAGCAGCGGCAAGCGUGACCGUGCCAUCGUGAAGCAGCCCGUGCAAGUGUCCAUGCAGAGCGUAAGGCGCACGUUCGGGAGCCUCAGCACGGUGGAUGAGUCGCUGCAGAAGUACCGCGCCGUGGGCGAGAUGAAGCGUCUGCGAGUCGAGAUCGAGAAGGAGCGCGCUGCCACCUCGCAGUUCCAGCGCAUGCUGCGCCAAGCCUUGACCCGAUGGGACGACUAG